AUGAUGAGCGUCUCGCCUGUGCUGUGUCGCUUGCUGCUGGUGCUCCUCUUUGUGGGCGCCCUGCACGCCCAAACGCGGCCCGACUUCCUCGACUUCACCUCCUGGAUGAUGGUAGAUGCCUCCCCUUCUCUUAGCGUCUUGGACGUCCACUACGUCCCGCACGGUGCGAACGAGCCUCUGUUUCUCUCCCUGGCCCUUGAUGGGGAGCACAGGCGCUCGGCCACUCUGGACCACACGAAGCAGCUCACGGACAUUGUGGACUCGGCCGAGAGCAUCUCCGUCUCCUUCAACAGAACCGUCUGCACAACUGAGUGCUGGCGCGGGUCUUCGUGCCCGAGGAACCCGGACAAGGACUGUGCGGUGAGUACACUGCCGGGACGGUAG